AUGCUGACGGCCAUCUCCAUGAGCGCAAUCGCUACAAACGGCGUCGUACCAGCGGGGGGCUCCUACUACAUGAUCUCGAGGUCUCUGGGGCCUGAGUUUGGUGGAGCGGUGGGCUUGUGCUUCUACCUGGGCACCACGUUUGCAGGAUCCAUGUACAUCCUGGGGACCAUCGAGAUUCUCCUGACCUACAUAGUGCCUAAAGCCGCCAUCUUCGUGGCCGAGAGGAAGGAGGACCAGGUGGACGCUCUGCUGAACAACAUGCGCGUGUACGGGACGUGCUGCCUGGUCCUCAUGUCUCUGGUGGUGUUUGUGGGAGUCAAGUAUGUCAACAAACUGGCCCUGGUCUUCCUGGCCUGUGUUAUCCUGUCCAUCCUGUCCAUCUACGCCGGGGUCAUCAAGAGCGCCAUCGAGCCUCCAGACUUCCCGGUGUGCUUUCUGGGGAACCGCACGUUGCACAACCAGAAGUUUGACAAGUGUCUUAAGACGCAGGAGGUGGACAACCUGACGGUGACUACGCAGCUGUGGGGACUGUUCUGCGAAAGUGCGGAUCUGAACGCCACCUGCAACAACUACUUCAGCAACAACAACGUGACCGAGAUGCAGGGGAUCCCAGGGCUCCUGAGCGGCGUCAUCUCGGAAAACAUGUGGUCCGCGUACGCUCCUCUGGACAUGAUUGUGGAAGACAAGAAGCUCCAGUCGGUCCCUUCUGCAGAGUCGCCGCAGGACAUCUACAUGCCCUACGUGGUCAACGACAUCACAACCUUCUUCACCCUGCUGGUCGGCAUCUACUUUCCCUCCGUCACCGGUAUCAUGGCGGGCUCCAACCGCUCCGGAGACCUGAGAGACGCCCAGAAGUCCAUCCCCAUCGGAACCAUCCUGGCCAUCGCCACCACCUCCUUCAUCUAUGUGACGUGUGUGGUGCUGUUCGGAGCCUGCAUCGAGGGUGUUCUGCUGCGAGACAAGUUUGGGGACUCGGUGAAGGGGAACCUGGUGAUUGGAACCCUGUCCUGGCCGUCUCCGUGGGUCAUCGUCAUCGGCUCCUUCUUCUCGUGCUGUGGGGCAGGACUGCAGAGUCUGACCGGAGCCCCCCGCCUUCUGCAGGCCAUCGCCCGAGACGGGAUCGUGCCUUUCUUACAGGUGUUCGGUCACGGGAAAGCCAACGGAGAACCGACCUGGGCUCUGCUGCUGACCGGGGGUAUCUGUGAGAUCGGCAUUCUGAUCGCCUCUCUGGACAGUGUGGCCCCCAUCCUCUCCAUGUUUUUCCUCAUGUGUUACCUGUUCGUCAAUCUGGCCUGUGCCGUCCAAACGCUACUGAGGACUCCCAACUGGAGGCCGCGCUUCAAGUACUAUCACUGGACUCUGUCCUUCCUGGGCAUGAGCUUGUGUCUGGCCAUCAUGUUCAUCUCCUCCUGGUACUACGCCAUCGUGGCCAUGGUCAUUGCAGGCUGCAUCUACAAGUACAUCGAGUACAGAGGAGCGGAGAAGGAGUGGGGAGAUGGGAUCCGCGGCCUGUCUUUGAACGCAGCACGCUACGCUCUGAUUCGGCUGGAGGACGCUCCACCGCACACCAAGAACUGGAGGCCUCAGGUGCUGGUCCUGUUGAACCUGGACUCGGACCAGAACGUGAAACACCCGCGGCUGCUCUCCCUCACCACGCAGCUGAAGGCAGGGAAAGGACUCACCAUCGUGGCCAACGUCAUGGAGGGAACAUACCUCACCAAGGACGCAGAGGCCAAGAGGGGAGAGCAGAAUAUCAAAGUGUGCAUGUCGGCAGAGCGCACCAAAGGCUUCUGUCACGUGGUGGUGUCGUCCAACCUGCGUGACGGAGUAUCUCACCUCAUCCAGUCUGCAGGCCUGGGGGGCAUGAAGCACAACACGGUCCUCAUGGCCUGGCCCGGCACCUGGAAGCAGGCCAACGAUCCCCAGUCCUGGAAGAACUUCAUAGAGACGAUUCGUGAGACCACAGCUACACAUCACGCUCUGCUGGUGGCCAAGAAUGUGGACAGUUUCCCCACAAACCAGGAGCGUCUGGGGGAGGGCACCAUCGAUGUGUGGUGGGUGGUGCACGACGGAGGCAUGCUCAUGCUGCUGCCCUUCCUGCUGCGUCAGCACAAGGUGUGGAGGAAGUGCAAGAUGCGCAUCUUCACCGUGGCCCAGAUGGACGACAACAGCAUCCAGAUGAAGAAGGACCUGCAGAUGUUCUUGUACCACCUCAGGCUUGACGCAGAAGUGGAGGUGGUGGAGAUGCACGAUAACGACAUCUCGGCCUUCACCUACGAGAAGACUCUGGUGAUGGAGCAGCGCUCACAGAUGCUCAAGCAGAUGCAACUGUCCCGGACAGAGAGGGAGCGAGAGAUUCAAAGUAUCACAGACGAGUCUCGCAGCUCGAUCCGGAGGAAGCAGCAGCAGCCGACCGCAGAGCAGAGCUGCAGCCUCAGCCACAGCCGCCACUCCUCCACAGCUGACGACAACCAGGAGGACGAGGCCCAGCUGAUCCAUGACAGAAACACUGCGUCCCACACGGCCAUCAACGACAAGGCCGAGGCCACUCCAGAGCACGUGCACAUGACCUGGACCAAAGACAAGCUGUUCACAGAGAGGAGACACCGCGAGUUCAACGCCAACGUGGCCGUGAGAGACCUCUUCAACAUGAAGCCAGAGUGGGAGAGCCUGAACCAAUCCAACGUGCGGCGCAUGCACACAGCGGUCAAACUGAACGAGAUCGUGGUCAACAAGUCCCAAGGAGCCCACCUGGUGCUGCUCAACAUGCCCGGGCCGCCCAAGAACUGCGGCGGAGACGAGAACUACAUGGAGUUCCUGGAGGUGCUGCUGGAGGGCCUGAACCGGGUGCUGCUGGUGCGAGGAGGCGGACGGGAGGUCAUCACCAUCUACUCCUAA